GGCUGGAGUCCGACGGCUCCUCCGUCAUCGUGCUGGCUGUGUGCGCGCUGGAGGCGACUGCGGUAAGAUGCUGCGGCGAUGCGAGGAUGCGCAGUGAGUCAGAGCCGGAGGAGAGACCGAGGAGAGACCGAGGAGGUACCCGCUUUCCCCCCCACAACCCCGGCCUCCAUCCCCGGGCUGACCGGACCGGACUGCGGGCGUGUGGAGCUGCUGUGAGGCGGCAGUGGUGCAGGCCGACUGGGAUGACACUGUAGAUGCUCCCCGGUCGGAGAGAAGCAGGCUUCCUCAAUAAACAAUAAAAAAAACAAGGCAGGGGGAGGCUGAGUAAAGGACACUCACUUCCAAACCGGGACUUGCGACACCAGUGGAUCCAAUCAGUUUGCUUGGGUGCAGCUUCACCGGUCCGGGUGACGAGAGGACAGUGGACAGGCAGGGUGCUGGAGGUCUGAGGACAUCGCCGCCGAGCAUCGGUGUGGAAGAAAACAAACUUCACAUCACCUCCAGUCUCGUCAGCGCUGACGGCAGAACACCUGACCUGCAUGUUUCUCUCCUUUUGUCUCGUGGUUGAGGAGAAAUAUGUGAAAACUGUUUCAGCUGUCUUUCACCGCUCCUGUUUUUCAUUUUCUCUUCAAAAACUCUGACGCAGAGUGUGAGCUGAUAAGAUGUGAGACUGGAAAAAGAGAGUCGGCUCGCUCACCCUCUCUGGCCUUUUUCUGCUGUCAGAAUAAAUCAGCGAGACAUUCUUGAGAUAACUUCAGUGAUGUCAUAAUGCUCAGAGUACUUUGUCUGAACCACGGUCUUCUCUCUUUGGAGCUGUCAGGCUCCGGAUCAGGAAUAGACUCCUGACGGUGGCAGCGUUUCUCAGACCGACCCGACGAGCUGCACUUUGAGAGAGAGAUUUGCGAGGACGACGGAGCCAUAAAUCAUAGAUGAGGCCAACAGCGAGCACCAUGCUCCAGCAGAACAACAACAACAACUACCCGUGCCUGAGCGUGUCGGGCUCCGCCCGGGAGCUGCACCAGCGGUGCUCCCGGGCCUCCCUGCCCUUCCCCAGCCGGCUGGAGCUGGGCCUGGGCGACCUGCCGCUGAUCCGGGGCCUGCGGGCCUGGGCCCUCUGCUCCAAGAGCCGCCACAAGGCCGGGGGCCUGCUGGGGGGCGGGCAGGCCCCCACGGCGCCGCCUCCCGGCCGAGGGGGCCCGACGUCCUGCCCCAGGCCCGCGGACGUCCACCUGAGCCGGGAGUGGGGUCGCCCGGGCUACGGGCUGCCGCUGGGGCUGGACGCCCGGCAGGCCGGCAUCGGGGCGCUGGUGACGGUCGCCACCCUGAAGAGCUCGCUGGGCGGCGGGAAGACCCAGACCCAGUGCCUGUUCCUGCGGACCGAGAAGGGCAGCUGCCUGUACUCCACGGCCAGGCCCGGCUCCGGCGUGGCCCCCGGCGCCGCCUCCCGCAUGGUCGGGGAGUGGCUGAGGGGGAAGAAGAGCGGCGAGGGAGGCAGGGACGCCCCGGCCGGGCGGAGGGACGGCGGCCCGGCUCUGUCCGUGCAGACCGCAGGAAACCGGGUCAGGGUGCGCUCGGGCCGAAGAUGGAGGAAGUCUGGCAACGCGGCGCGUGAAGAGAGGCAGCAGAGGAGCUGGGAGGAUCCGGCCGGGGAGCUCGCCGUGGAAGAAAGGCAGGAAGAGCAGGACAAAGCCGGCCCGGACAGGAAACGGGUUCCCGGGCCGCAGCGGGACGGCAGCGGGAACAAAUGCUGCCACAGCCUUUCUCCUAAAACCUGCUCUCAGUGUGGAAUAAGACCGCGAGGAAAGGAGAGCCAGGAUGAGUGCGACGGAGGUGAAGAUCUGGGAAAUGGACUGGAUGGAGAAGUGAAGGCGAUGGAAAGGGAGAGGCAAAAGAAUGAAGAGGAGGAAGAGGAAGAGGGGGACCUGCCCGGGCCGAGCCCAGACCAAGAAUCUCCCAACAAAGACUCCCACGCUGGGCGAGAAGUGGAUGCAGCCGAGAGCGACGAGGGGCUGAGGUCUUCUCCCGGCCAGGACCAGGAUGCAAACCCGGAUGAUAUGAAGACGCAGCGGGGAAACCACGACUCAACGCUGACUAGUGACGUCGAAUCAACAGCUCUUUACGACAGAAGAGCAGAAGGGGAUCGCCGUGUGAAAGAAGAGGAUCAGAAAUCAGAGGAAGAGACAGAUAUCGCCUCCCUCACCAGAACUAAAGAGUCCUCCGGUCCUGCAGAGGGCAGCAGUCCCGGCGGCGACCCCUGCAGAGUUCAGGCUCUGCAAGAAAGCAGACAAAAGCCAGCUGAGGUUUUUCAGCUUGAGGUGGAAGAGGACGUCGGGUUGGAGAGUCAAGACGAGCUGCAACCGAACUCUGCAGCUGAUGAGAGCCACACUGCAAAUGAUGAAAACACAGAAGCUCAGUUUGUCUUUGAAAAUGAGGAGGAAAGAGAAGUGUUGUCAUCGCCUCUUGGACGGAGAGUAACUCCUUCCUCUGAACGGCUGGAGGAUGGAGAGCUUCGGAGGAGACGGGAGGAUGCUGAAAGUGAUCCCUCAGAGGGGGAUGGUGGUGAUAAAGAGGCAUCAGCAGAUGAGUGGAGGUUGCAGGAGGAUGGAGAAAGUUCGCCAGAGCUGAGGACCGACAUCCACGACGACGUCGCCUGUGCUGAUCCUCCUUCCUCUGUGCCGCCCUCCCCGACUAAUCCUGCCCCCCUUCUGCCCCCUCUCAAAUCCGUGGCAACAGGCCUGCCCCGUCUGGAGGUGGAGAAGGGAGAGGGAGAGGAGGGAGAGGAGGGAGAGGAGGGAGAGGAGGUCAGAGUGGCGGCAGCAGACGGAGGAGACGGCCAGAGGAAGGAAAGGAGCGAGCAGAGUGAGGAGGAGUGGGGCUCCAACGUGGCCACUGAGGAAGGGAGCACGCAGGAGGAGGAAGAGGAGGAGGAGGAGGAAGAGGAGGAUGAGUUUGGCGUGUUCAUGCAGGCCGAAGCGCCCUGGAGCGAGGAGGUCAACAUGUCUGCCUCAGUGCCUUGCGGACGCAGCGAGAGAACUGCACUUGGAAGCUGCAGCGUCGCUGGGGAGUCGGCCCCCUGCACACUUCCCUCUGAGGACCGCUCAGUCCACCAAUCAGACGACAGCUGGACAGCCUUUCCUCAGGAUGCCUCCCAUGCAGGUCAAGACCCCGUGGGUCAAUGGUGGCCCACCAGCGCCUCGGAGGCGAGGAGAGACAGACCGCCAACCGAUCACAACACGGCGUGGGCCUUCGCUGAAGCCUUCCCCUCCCUCCCCGGCCCGUCUGACCCCCGCGGCCUGGAUGCUGUUCCCACGCUGACGCAGCUCCUCCGGGGCGCAGCCAGCCAGGAUCAGGGGCUCUUGGACAGUUUCCACGACUUGAACAAGAUGAUCGGCCAGAGGUACAAGAGAGCCGACGGCGUGUCACGUGAGCUGCUGCUGAAGACGUUACACCUCCAGCCUCCACAUGAAAACAGACCCGCGUCCUGGACAACCACCCGCCGCCUCUCCCCCGGCCUCCCCUCGGCCAAUCGGCACGCUCAGACGGCAGCCGCCAAGCGACGGCUGUCGUACGACUUCAACCGAAACAUCACGGCGUGAUUCUGCGGCCUCAGCUCCGGUCGGACUGUUGACGAGCAGCUUUCACCGGAGGCUCUGCGGCUUCCUGAGGAAGACUCUGGAUUCACAACACGCGUACAACCUGCAAGUCAAACACCGAGCAACUCUUUGACUCUUUGCACCCCCCCGCCGGUCCUGUAGACCCGAGCCCAUCGGAGGACGUGGGCCGGUAAAAACCAAGCUUCAGUCAUAUUUGGGAAAAGUUGAUGCGCAGUAACCGUCACACGGGUCCUCCACCUCGUCCACCGACACCAACCAUCUUGAGUUUCCUCACUGAGCACGAACCCAGCGCAGUCUAAGGUUUCAUGGAGCAUGUUGUAGUUACAAGGUACCCGCCACCAUGUUAGAGGAAAGGUCCAGCCAUCGUUAUAGUGUCUCUACUGUAAGAUCUGAGAAGGAUCCUCCAGGGUUCAGCCCCGGCACGUUGCCUUAAUGGUACACUUGCCUCGUCAUGGCUUCAGCUGUGUACAUCUUAGUACUUUAACGGGCAUGAAAGCAUGCAAAGCCACAGUUUACCUGCGACGCUCCAACUCGGCUCCUCUUCCGUGAAUUAAACCGUUUACAGCGAACUUGGAGGCGUCACGCCGUUAUUUUCAGAUGGAUUCUCAGUGGUGACACUAAAUAAGCAUAAAAGCACAAUCAUUUCUCUGUUGAUGGAUUUAGGGAGCCGGUCGUCCACGCCAGUCACGUGUCCAUCAGUCAUACGUGAGAGAAACAUCGGCAGACGAAUAAAAGAGUUGAGGCUUUAUAGUCGAAUAAAACCAUCUGGUUUCAUUUCAAAACGUCCGAUAAAUCAGUCCCAUCUGACUUUUCAUCAGAUUGAGUUGUUCAACGUUUGUAAACUAUUGAAAACAUCACUUUCGUCUUCAGAUCGAGACUUUAUUAAAUAUUAGUUUAUUAAACUUUCCAUUCCACUGACAUAACAUUUGUUUAGUUCCCUUAAAUGUAGAAUUAAGUGAAGACACGUAUCCAUCAGAUCCUGGAAAUACACUCGGCGCCAACGCUAAUGGAAAUGCGCGUUUUUGGUUUUUAGUUGAGUUUUAAAGGUUGAAUGAAACCUUGUAACACUAACACCAAGGGUGUUUGCAGCCUGCGUACUUUUUAAUAUUCUGAGAGAUAAAUUAUUUCCAAUUUAGAUUGAAUUAUUGACAGCUUUGCUUACUGUAAAUUGCCUUUAAAAUCCCAAUUUAAAUCACUUUCACUGGCGUGCAGACCAGACAGUUAUAACCUUGUUUAGAUGGUUUCCUUUUUACCCUUUAACCUUUCACCUUCUCUUUCCCACCAUGUGAACCCCUACCAGCCCACCUUAAGGCUAGGGCUGAAAAUAUUCCCCUCAAAAAAUAGGACACCCCUAUGAUUUUGUUUUAAUUAAUAAGCAAAGAAUGAGAGACGUUAUUGCAGCUUCUUCUCACCUUGCAUGUAGGCAUUUAUUUGCAUUUUUCAAUAGCAGGAGACAGAAAUCAAAGAUGAUUUCUUGAUUUCUAGGAUUGCUGCUGUGAAUGAUGAUUUUAUGUAAAUCAUUUAGUAAACACUUAAUAAACUAUUAAAUCACGGGGUGUUAGAUAUGAAAACAUGCAGGACUUAUGUGGAAAUCUGCACUAAUGAUGCAACAUACAUACUAUCAUAAAGUCUGUGAAAAUGUUAAUUAUUAAUUAACUUUUUAAUUACAAAAACCACGUUUUUCAUAACUCUGUCAAGCGUAAACAUGCUAUCAUUUAUAUGUUUCUUGUGCAGCCGUUCUUUCACGUAUCUGAAGCGUCAUCCUGUAAACGCUCAGACGGACUCGAAGGUCUCGGCGCUGCUGCUUCAGCCGAGCCAGAGUCAGAACCAGACGUCACAAAUCCCGGUUCAACCCUGCUAACAUCUCGUUUUCCCUCGUCUCAGUUGUGGUUUUAAAUCUAAAAAAGAUUUAAUGGCAAUGAACUUACUUGAAAGUAAUGAAUAAAUCCUAAUUCGGCAUUCAUCCAUGAUUUAUCAGGGUAACCUUAAUUUAUCUGAUAUUUAUUGACUGGUUAUUGGGUUGUGUGAAUUGUUAUUAAUAAUCAAACCUAGUUAAUUCAAAAUCAUUUAAAAUAAAACUGAAAGUGCAAAGUUUUCUUGUUUCCAAAAAAAUCACUUGUGGAUUUGAUGUCAGCAACACAUUUCAGAAAAGUUUGGACACGACCGGAUUUUCUAUCAGUUCUCCUUUUUAAGACCAACUACUGCAGAUGUGACAGUGAAACUCAGAAUUUUCCAAAUGUUUUUGGUCGUUUGCAGGUGCAGACUUCGGGGUAAACGUCUCGCAGAAUCAAUAUGUUGUAAAAAAAAACCGACAAAAGUGUAAAAUAUUGUUAGGCAUUUUAUGGCAUUUUAAGACCUUCCCCAAAAAGGAUUAACAAGACCACCAUGCACUGUUUGUCAUGUUUCGUACACUAAUAGACACGUGUACUGUUACAGGGCUGAUUUCUAAAGAAGCUGCCUGGUCCCUGCCCUCUUUAGCCCUUUGGGUGCAGCUGCAUCGAUUUUCCAAAAGAAUUUCAAAUUUGAAUUUACUGGACCACGAAUGUUGGCCUAAAGCCAUAUUAAAUUGCACUGAGAAAAGCCAGAGGGACUUCUGGAUGUUUCUCCCUGCAUGGUAGACUGAUACCUAUGUGGCCGGAUGCAGUCUGAUGAUUAUCUGUAUUUAUUAUUGGCUUUCCAGGCUUGUCCCUUGUGUACAGAGAUUCUGUUUUCACUGAAUACUAACUUUGUGUACCAAAGUUGCAGAAAUCCUCCAACACUUCCAUUUUUCAUAGUGAAGACAAAAAAACUAAUUUAAAAGCAGCAACCUUAUCUCUUAUUUUUUCCUCUGAAAAGUGCGACCUCUCCACCCAGUGAAGUUACUUAUCUGUAUAUUUAAGUUUUUCUUUAAAAGCAUAAAACUGUAUUGUGAAAUGUGUUGCUGGCAUCAUCUACUUUAUAGUAAUUUCAGUUAUGACAAAACAAGACAAAUAUGGGCAUAAGACAUUUGUUUUAUUCAAACCGGGCUGUAAAUUUGAUAUCAAUCACUCAAAUCAAAGCAAUUAGGAGAUUAAAACCACUCUAUAUAGCAAUAACACUUGUGACCACACGGGGGCAGCAAGGCAAAGUGAUCCCCUAGUGGAGCAGUCUGGUAUUACAACACAUGUCAGCUGUGUCUCAUCAUGAAAACAUUGUCUGUGGCUCUUUUCUUCCCAACGCAGCAGAUGGCCCAUGUGGUUAGAAGUGGCAUAACUACAUAGACUGGCUUUAAAAGAGAUUGGAUUUUAAGCAUUAGUUAUUUAUUACUAGGAGUUCAAGAAAAAAUGACAUCAAGCUUGAGUCAUCGUCGUUUCCUGUCUCUUAUAUAACAUGGUGGCUUGGGCCUUUAUGGCAGCUGGUAAUCUUUAUGCAAACAUGCUGUAACGGCUUUCCCUGCUCUUCAGCGUUCGUCACUGCAGCGUGACUCUGCAGCUCAAACCGAACAGCAAACAUGACCAGUUUGUUUUGUUUUUUUCACCCCAUACGGCAGACGUUCAACGCCGAGGAGGAACCUAGAAACGACUUAUUUAUUUACAUUUUAGAAACUGAUGCAUGUGCUUUCUUUGUGUAUUCGCCUCAGAAAAGCCAGUGACAGAAGCAAAUGUUGAAAUUGGUGCGGUUCCCCAGAGAAAACAAGCUCGUCUUCCACUCGGUGCCAACAGGAACUGCCAGUGAAAGUGCCAAAGCUCACGAGGUUCAGAAGUGAAGCAGACAGGAGGAAAUGUCUGUUGUAUCACACUCACUGAAGUGGACUCAAAUUAUAGCAUGCAAUGUUUCCCUCUUUUUCUUUUGUCUCUCCGUCUUGUUGAGUGUCCGCCGCUCUUUCACUACUCUCAUCUCAGUUCAGCACCGUUUUUGUAGCAGAGUCCACUUCCCAGGCAAAACUUGAAUACUGAAAACAGUAUUUUAUGUGAGUGAUUUUUACAAAAUGACUACAAUGCACUGCUUUUUUUGUUUUGUUUUUUUUUGUUUUGUUUUUUGUGUUGUCAUGCAGAUACCUGCCAUCACUUCCAGUUGAUUUCUGAUUGUUGUACUUUCACUCUUAAGCUCAGUUCAUUUGUGAUGAAACUCCGAAACAAUCGUGUCAGUGUGCACCAUUUGUACAAACUUCAAAUUCUUGAAAAAGAUUAAUAUUUUCUGAUCUGUUCAAAUGAGGAUGACAGAGCCGUCGCCUUGGUAACUGAUGUAAUAAAAUGAUAAUGGGUGUUGA